CAAAAAAUGGCGAAUCGUUGUGGUCUGGUGACAGUCAAGGAGAAACCAGUUCCUCUGAAGAGUAUUGAGGUUGAGGUGCAUGUACGUGGGCAUGUAGCCACAGUGAAGUCCACUCUGCAGUAUGUGAAUAAAGAGGAGCAGCCCCUGGAGGCUCUGUUUGUGUUCCCUCUGCCUGGAGAAGCUGCUGUCUGUCACUUCAGUGCCAAGAUUGGAGACAAAGAGGUGGUGGCUGAAGUGCAGGAGAAACAGAAGGCGCGGGAACAGUAUGAUGAUGCUUUGAGUUCAGGUCAGCAGGCCUUCCUGUUGGAGGAGAGUGAUGAGAGUCCAGAUGUGUUCAGGCUGAGUGUGGGCAGCCUGCCCCCGGGAGAGAGUGCCGCCAUCACCAUCAUCUACGUCAUGGAGCUCACUGUGCAGGCCGACCAUGCCCUACGCUUCUGUCUGCCUGCUGUGCUUAACCCUCGAUACACACCAGCUGGUUGGGGUAGUGGGAUUGUGUCCCAGGUGACAUCUGUACCAGCAGGAAUGAUCCCUUACAGUUUAUCUCUCAGUGCUCACAUGUCUUCACCAAACCCCAUCUCUAAAGUUGAGUCCAACUGUCCACUGGAGCCACUGGUCUACCAUGACGCAUCUCAGACAAAAGCUACGGUCAGUCUGUCUCCAGGUCACAAGUUUGACAGGGAUGUUGAGCUGCUGCUGUAUUACCAGAACGCCCAUCAGCCCACUGCCAUAGUGGAGGCAGGACUGGCCAGUGGAAAACCUGGCACUCUGAUGGGAGACCCUGUGAUUGUGCUCAGCUUGUACCCAGAGUUCCCUGCAGAAGUGAUGUCAUCACUAACCUCACGUGGAGAGUUUGUGUUUUUGGUCGAUCAGUCUGGCAGUAUGCAUUCUCCAAUGCAUAACGGGAAAGGUUCACAGAUGCGCAUUGAGAGUGCAAGGGAUACUCUGCUCCUGUUGCUGAAGAGCCUUCCACUGGGCUGCUAUUUCAAUAUUUAUGGCUUUGGUUCCAGAUAUACGUCUUUCUUUCCUAAGAGUGUGCAGUACAGUCAGGAGACAAUGGAUCAGUCACUGAAGAAAGUGAGUGAGAUGAGGGAAGAUUUGGGUGGCACAGAGAUCCUGGAGCCGUUAAAGCACAUCUACAGCCAACCAUGUGUCCCAGGUCACCCCAGACAGCUGUUUAUUUUCACUGAUGGUGAAGUCAGCAACACCAACGCAGUCCUGGAUCUGGUGAAGAGCAACGUUGGCUCUCACAGGUGCUUCUCCUUUGGCAUUGGGCAGGGUGCCAGUACUGCACUGGUCAAUGGAAUGGCUAAGGAGGGAUGUGGCCACGCCCAGUUUAUCACAGGCAAAGACAGACUGCAGCCCAAAGUAAUGCAGUCUCUCCGCUUUGCCCUGCAACCGGCUAUAGUAGACAUCGCUGUGAAAUGGAAACUUCCAGAUGGUGUAUCUGUCACCACUUUGUCUCCCCCAAUCAAUGUGGUCUUCCAGGGUCAAAGAGCCUUGCUCUAUGCCCAGUUAACAGGGCGGAGUUCUGAACAUAGUGAGGGAUCUGUGACGGUGGACUAUAGCUUGGCAAAUCAACCCAUCACAAACCAGCUCAGCUUUUCACUCAAAUCUGCUGAGGAUUCACAACUGGCCCUUCAUUGGCUUGGGGCUCGGGCACUGAUCCGUUCUCUGGAGAUGGAGGAGAGGGCUGUGGGUGGAGAGAAGAAGGAACUGAAAAGGAGAGUGGUGGAGCUCAGUCUUCAGGCAGGAGUCAGUAGUGCAUUCACUGCCUUCAUCGCCACAUACAAGGGCAGUGGACAGCCUGUGCAAGGACCUCUGGUGAAAAGAAAUGUGCCCGCCCCAAGUCAGUGUUGUACCUUAGAACUGUUCGGUCCAAAAGCACCUAAUGUGUGUGUGUGUGUGUGUGUGUGUCUAGUAGCCCCUCAGCCCCAGAAGGACCCUCUCCUUCAACUGAUUUCUCUCCAAAAGGCCUCAGGCUUCUGGGAGUUGGAGUCUGCAUUGGCCAAGGUGUUUGGAAAGACUGAAAAAGAGGUGGCCAAACAGAUGCCUGCACAGGUGGACAGGGCAUUGUGGGCCACAGUCCUGGCUCUGAUCUGGCUUUAUGGGUUCAGGCUGGAUGCCCAGGAGGAGUGGCAGUUUUUGGCCAUGAAGGCUGUGUCAUGGAUCCAAGCUCAGAAAGGAGCCACUGUGUCUGAGUGUGUUAAGGCUGGAAAUGCUCUCCUGGGGUGUCAGGUAGAGGUGGAGACUCUGGGGCUUUGAAAGAGCCUCUUACAUUCAGAUCAGUUUCACUGAGCGCUGGACCUCACUCAGUAAAUGGAUGCUGUCUCUCUUCCGGACAUGUUUAGUCAAUUUACGCCUCCUCUCAGUUCUGUUAUGAAAUUUUGAGAUGCUGUUUUGAGCUGAUAUUUAAAGGACAUGUUCAUGUUCUAUGGGCCCAUUUUGACAAUUUCCACCUUGUCAUUAAUUAUCAACACAGUUUCUCUGACAUGACAUUUCAGCUGACCAAUGCAGUAAGUAUCUUUUUUUGACCAUUUAAAACUUGCUUUAGGUUUAGCGAAUCAUUAUUUUUUAUUUUUGUUUUACACAGGAGAAUAUUUUUAAAAAAAGAGUCACUUAUCGCUAUAUAUUGGUAUUAUCAUUUACACAGCCACGACCACCAAUCUCAGAGUGAGUUUUUGUUUUAGUGAGUUUGAGGUUUU